AUGUCAGAAAGAAAAAGAACUUUUGACGUUUUCUCGAGCCAUAAUAGCUCAGUUUCAAAAAAGCCACAUAUUCCUCAAACAACGAGUUCGAGUGAAAGUGGUCAGAAUGAUCAAGAUACAAGCACUAGUAGUUCUAAUAUUUACAAUAUUAUAGCAAACGUAGAUAUAUCAGAUCCGGAAUGGCUCGAGAAAUAUCAAAAAGAAGCAAUAUACCGUGCCAUGAAAGAGUACCAAAGACAGGCUGAUCGCGCGUCAGAAUUUAAACAGGAAUUGAUCGAAAAAGAAGAGGAGUACAAAAAAAGAUUGAACCUUAUAGAUCAAUUCUUGGAUUACUUACAAAAAUAUUUGACGCGAUUUGAUGAGGAACAUUUCGUAAUAAAUUUUAAUUCUAAUGAAGACCAAACACUUGAAAAUACGAAGAAUUUUGUUAAAGUACUUAUUGAGAAGAUCUUAAUAUGGUUACAUGAUCAAGAUAUUCUUAUUAAAACAUUACAAGCCGAUAAGAACCUAGAACCACGUAUUAUAGAUAUUUUUACACAAAAAUCUCAGUAUUUGAAUAAAUUUUAUCAGAGUGCUAUAGAUAAAGUUAAUUUUCAAGAUAAAAAAUUAAUUGAGGAUUAUUCUAUAACACGGGAAUUAGAAGCCACUAAAUCAAAUCUUGAUUCAACUUCUCAACAACUCGAGGCUGCUCAAGAUAAAUUAAUAAAAUUAGAAAAAAAUGUUGAUAGAUCAAAUAGCUUUACAUUAAAUCCUUAUUUACUUAAUGAAAGGAAAUCUGAGUCCAAUGAUCAAUCGAAUAGUAUGUCAAAUCGGCCGAUCGCAGAAAGAAUGGAAUUGUCUGAUUUGAGAACUCUUGCUGAAAAUAGAUUAAGAGAAUGUAAUGAUUCUCAAGCUGAGAAAAUUGAAUUAAAGAAAAGAAUAUAUGAAUUUCAAGAAAAGCUCAAAUAUGUUCCUGAAGAACGAAUUAAAGAAUCCGAAUCAUUCAAGUCGAUGCAAUUAGAACUUGAUCAUCUUCGUCAAUCCUAUGAUCUUUUAUAUACAUUAUUUGAGGAGAAAUCUCGAGAGGUUCAAGGUCUUACUGCGUCUCGAGAUAAGGCUGAUGAUCUAUUAAGGUCUGAAAUGAAACGCAUGGAUCAGGAAUUUCAAGAUAUAAAGCAAGGGUAUCUUAUUGAAUUAGAUAGGAUUCGUACGAAAAGAAAUGAAUUAGUUAAAGACGUAGAAACAUUACGUUCAAUGAUACCACAAGAAUUUCGUCAAAUUUCGGCUAUUCGGAUGCUUGCUAAUGAUCGACUGGAAUUUAUUAAUAUUUUAAAGGAAGAAAUUCGUAAACUUAAUAUAAAACUUGCAGCAUUCGAUGGCAAUAGAAAUGCUAUCGAACAUAUCCGUAAUGUUCAAUUAUCACAGAAUGAUUUAACAUAUCGAGAGUCUCAAAGAACUGAUUUAGUUAAAUAUAUUACUGACUGUCUAUCAUAUGAUAGCAGAUCAAAUAAUUUUGAUCAAAAAUCUCAGGAUAGUCCAGUAAUAGAACUACUUUCUUCACAAAAGCCUGAAGAAUUAUAUAAUCGAAUUAAAGAUCUCGAAAUAACAAAUGAAAUUUUAAAAAAGCUCGAAAAAAGAGAUGACGCAAAUCAUAAAAAAGCGUUCGAGAUUUGUUCACAAGAUCAAAGAGUGUACACAUUAAAACAAUCGCUUACGAAAUUUCAACAACGUCUUAAUGCCGUCACAAUGGAAAAUGUUUCGUUAACAAAAGAAAGAAGUUCUAUGGCAGUUGUCAUACAAAAUCAAAUAAAUGUAAUUCGACAAAAUAGUUAUCUGUUAACGAAUUAUAAAUCCCAGUUGGAAAUCCAUAAAAGGGAAGUCGACAAUUCUAUUCAAGCAUUAUCUGUUUAUAAACAAAAAUACCAAGAAUUUGAGCUUGAUCUUAAACGAGAAAAGACAACCUCGGAAAAUUUACGUAUUGAUAAAAUAAAUAAAGCCAGAGAAUUUUCGGCGGAAAUGAAUAAACGUGAUGAUGAAUCAAAAGCAAUGCUCAAAGAAUUUAGACAUGUGAAGGAACAAUUGGAAGGGAAAUCAAAACAAAUUGAAGAACUUAGGAAGACCCAAUCAUCUACAGUUUCUUCUGAUACACUAAAGUUAUUGGAAGCAUAUGAGACAAAAUGGAAAUGCUCUACAUGUAAUACCAGAUUUAAAGAUCAUUGUUUGACCCUUUGCAUGCAUGCAUUUUGUAAACCUUGUUUAGAACGACAGUUAGAAAGUCGUAAUCGUAAAUGUGCGAAUUGUGGUCAACAAUUUGGUAAAACAGAUAUUAGACAAAUAUAUUUUUAG